AUGCCCGCCUUCGCCCCGCUCGACCCCUCAAUCCCACACCCCCUCGCCCCCUCCUCUCCACUUCCCUCAAGAUUCACCGCUCAAACCCACACCCUCGCAGCGCGCCUCUCUCGCACAGACGCACCGCGUAGAAAGAGCGGAAUCGUACAUCAUGCGCCGCAGGGAUUGGGGUUGCCGGAACUGAUUUGUACGGGCGUCGAGGGGGAUUGGGAGGGUCGGAGACCUGCUUGGGUAGCAGCGGAGCGGGGAGAGGAGCCUGCGGAUCAGGAGCAGCUUGAGGAGAAAGAGGCGUGGCGGGCAUUGGGCGUCGAGGGGAUCCCGCGGGACAUGGACGAGCGGGAGAACUGGGAACGGGUCAAGCGGGGCUGGCGAGAAGAGCGGCAGAGGGAGCGAGUACGGGCUCAACAAGCAGAGGAGGCCGCGAUGAUUACGAAGAAGCUGAAGGCGUUGGUGGAUCCCUCGACUACCGACAGCCGACGACAGAAAUCGACCGCAUCCGCCUCGACUCCCGCUUCCACUUCGCGCCCUUCCCAGCCGACGCUCCUCACUUCGCACUUCUCUACCUCAAAAGCAACUGUAUCUUCCUUCGCAUCCGGCAAGAAGCCCGUGCCCGCCCCUCCCGCCGCCAACUCAAUAAAGAAGAAACGUCCUUCGUCCUCUCCUCCCGCUCAGCCUCAUCCUGCUCCACCUCCACAUCGCCAUGCUCGUCACUCUUCUUCACCUUACGAGGACGAAGCACCCGCACCAACCGGCAAAUCGGGCGACUCGGGACAGUCGGGCAAGGCGUCGUUCCCUUCGCUUUCGAGCAUCAACUCGGCUGGCCGAGCAGCGGAGGUCGAGGCGGGCUCGAGUCUCUCGUCAGGCGGAGAGAUACGAGAAGAGGCUGAGGAGGAACGGAGGGAAGUGAGAGUGGCGGACGAGGAGAUCUUGUUCGAGGGGGGAUACACGCAGAUGGUCCUCCCCGACCCGACCCCUUCCGCUCGUCCAACCGCCUCAACAUCCGCAGCUGCACCUCCCCGCCCACUGUCACACUCCGCUCUCUCGCCUCACCCUCCGCCCCUCAAUCUGCCCUGGUCUUCCCCUGGUCUGCGCGGCGACCCGGAAGACUCACACGGGAAGAGCAGCACGCCCGUUCCCCUCGCGCAACCCCAGCCUGUCCCUCGCAUCCAAACCUCCACUUCCUCUCGCUCUUCACGCUCUCCUUCCCCUCCGUUUCAGCCCACUGCCGACCAUCGGACCCGCCCCGCUCCUCCCUCUCGCGCCCUGACGAACUUCUCAACGACCACCACUUCUUCCGUCACCAACACCAACGGGCUUUAUCACCGACCCAACCUCGCGCGUCUCUCAGAACUCGCAAGGACCGGAAGCGCGUUGAGUGUUAGGAGUAACGGCAGCGAAGCGGGGGAGGGGAUGAGGGAGAUUGAGCGGUUUCUGGAGGAGGAGGCGAGGGAGUGA